UCACUUUUUGUUGUGCAGCACAAUUUUCCCGAAAAUCAGAUUAUCUGCACGCUUUGCUGUGACUGAUCUUUUGGGUGUUCAAGUAUCAUUUACCUUUUUCUUUCCCUCGCUAUAUCUUCCGGUUACCCAUUUCUUUUCGGCUAAGAGACUUGGAGUCGUGCUCUUUCAUGCUUCUUUCGAAUAAUCGAUUCUUGGGUUUCUAAUUUCUAUUGAUUCUUGGUCUCUAUUUGUGUGGAAUAGCCUUCUCUUGUAUCUUUUUCCACCCUGAGUUCUCAUCCACGAACGAACACCGGUUGUCAUGAGCAAGGAGAUCAUGUGCUCUUUUUACCGUUUUCGUACAGAUAUUUUCUUUAUUAUCUAUGGGAGAGACGCGGAAGAUACUCUGAAAAGUUAAAAGUCUGUUUGGAUUACGGAGGAAUUUGAAGGAACUAUUGUGGUUUAAGAGCCGGGCUGUGGCGAUUUUCCAUAGUCAAGAGUCUUUAGAUUGAGUAGGGUCUCUUUCUUGUUCAACUGCUAUCUGUUUCGCUGAGAAUUCCUCGUAAACCCGGGACAGAGCUUUCGAAUCAUUGUUCUGGUUUCAACUCCACUGGAUCUAACAUAGUCCUCUUUUAAUGGGGUCUGAUGUUGCUGAGGUGGUGGAAAAUCAGUCCAUUCCAUAUUCCUUCAAGGUGCAUUGUUUAAUGUGCACUGAACUUCAGAAUUUGGUUGAUAGAAUAUCAAGAAUAUUUCCAGCUAUAGAAUUGGCUCGCCCUCGAUGUUCAUCAGGAAUACAGGAACUAUGCUCAUUAAACCGUGCAAUUGAGAGAGCCAAUCUACUUCUUCAAUACUGCAGCGAGUCUAGUAAACUUUAUCUGGCAGUAACUGGGGAUGUAAUAGUCUCAAGAUUUCAAAGAUCAAGGAAACUGUUGGAGCAAAGUUUAGGCCAAGUUCAAACGAUGGUUCCACUUGAGUUGGGUGAAGAGAUCUCUCACAUCAUGGAUGAUCUUAGGCAUGCAAAAUUUAUGCUGGAUUCAUCUGAAGAACGGGCUGGUAAGGCUGUGCGAGGAUUGCUCCAUCAGGAUGCUUCUGCAACAGAUUCAGUGGAAACUUCUGAAGUUAAAGCUCUUCAAUUGGCAGCUUCAGCUCUUCAUAUUUCAUCCCCAAAGGCUAUCUUGAUAGAGAAACGAUCUAUUAAGAAGCUGCUUGAUAAAGUUGGUGAUAGUGACCCAACUAAAAAGAAGAUUUUAAAAUAUCUUUUGUAUCUAUUCAAGAAGUAUGGAAACUUGAUCCUACAAGAGCAAUCAGCAAGUGGCUGUGUUCAGCAUGAACGAGCGUCUGCAUUUGAGAACUGCAGUAGGAGUUCUGCAUAUGGCCUGUCUACUGAAGUGGGAUCGCGCAUGGUAUAUCGGCAUCAUGAGGCUCAAAUUGACUUCUUAAGUAGAGCUACACCUCCUGAAGAAUUUAAAUGUCCUAUAUCAUCAAAGUUGAUGUAUGAUCCUGUUGUCAUUGCAUCUGGACAAACAUUUGAGAGGAUGUGCAUACAGAAGUGGUUUGAUGAGGGUAAUGAUACAUGUCCCAAGACUAAAAUGAAGCUGGCCCAUCAGUCAAUGACUCCAAACAAGACCAUGAAGGAUUUAAUAUCGAAGUGGUGCAUGAAGUAUGAAGUCAUCAUUGCUGACCCAACCAUGCUACCAGAAUUCAUUCACUCUUGGGAAGUUUCUUCCACUUCUAUUGCUAGCUUUGGCAGUUCUAUGAAUGAUCUACACUUACCGAUUGAUCUCAGCGAUGUGUCACUUGGAUCUAUAGAGACUACUUACACUUUGGAUUCAUCACACGCUAAGACAGCAGAUGGCUUAAACUUAAAUUCUAUGUGGACAAAAGGCGAGCUCAAAUAUCAAUCUAAUGCAGGUAUACAUGAGACAGAUUUGGAAUGUCUAUCUAAAUUAGCUGAACUUGAAUGGGAAUCCCAAUGCAAAGCCAUUGAAGAUGUCAAAAAGCAUCUGAAUGACAGUGAAGAAGCUUUUCUAUUUGUGUCAUAUGAUGAUUUUGCUGAACCAAUAAUUAGAUUUUUGAAGGAUGCACAUGACCGGCAUGAUGUAAAAGCUCAAAAGGCUGGAUGUCAGUUGUUGUUGGCAUAUGUGAACAAAAACAGAAGUGGGAUCUCAUACUUAUGGGAAGGAGCAUUUAGUCUCUUGACCACUUUUCUUAAUUCAGCAGUAACAGAAGAAGCCCUAUACAUAUUGGAAGUGUUGUCUGGCCACUCGUACUGCGGAGAUAAAAUUGCAUCAUUUGAUGCUUUAAUUGCCGUCUUAAAGAUGCUUGACUCCAAUAACAGAGAUUUCCAGGAACAGGCCAUCAAAAUUCUGUGCAAUUUGUCCUCCAAUAGUGACGUUUGUUCCAACAUUGUAUCUUUGGAAUGCAUCCCAAAACUGGUUCCUUUCUUAGUUGAUAGCCCUUUUGCGGGACGCUGUGUACUUCUAUUGAAGAACUUAUGCAGUACGGAGGAGGCUAGGAUUUCUGUUGCUGAAACUAAUGGAUGCAUUGCCUCUAUUGCUGAACUACUUGUCUCUGACAGUCACGAGGAUCAAGAAAAUGCAGUGGCUGUUCUCCUUUCACUAUGCUCUCAACGUGUUCAGCAUUGUAAGUUGGUCAUGGAUGAGGGUGUCAUUCCUGCUCUUGUUGAUAUAUCUGUCAAUGGUAAUGACAAGGGCAGGGUGAGUGCAUUGGAGUUGCUCCGGUGCUUAAGAGAUAUCAAGUAUGUUGAUGAUCGAGACUACUCUGAACCUGAUAUCAACGCCUCUAGAGACCCUCCAAAUCUCUCUAAAGAAAGGAAAUCACCAAAGGCAACUCGAUUUUUUGGAAAGAUACCAAUUUUCUCAAAACCCAUUUCUUUCACUGCAAAGAAGAAGAAAUGAAACUAGCGUAUGGAGCUCAUUUUCAAGCUAGUGGUGAUUUGAAAUAUCUUGCUUUGUGAGAUUCUUUUUUUUUUUUUUUUUUUCCUCUCCUAGACUGUAGAUUCUUUUUUACUGUAGAUAUUUUUUGUUUAAAUGUGAAAGGAGGAAUGACUUCCCUAUGUAUAUAGUUUGUGGGUAGAUGGGUUUUUGGGAUCUAAUACCUGUUCUGAAGAUGCAGCUUUUGUUAGCUUUAGUUAUUAAUUGUUCAUGUAUUUACUGCCAUAUUCCAUGCAAAUAACUUGACAAAAAUGUACAUUUUUUUUU